AUGUUCAUCUCGGACGGUCUCGGCGGCGACGUCAACGAGGCGCGGGACCUCUUCGAGAAGGAGCGCGCCAUCUUCAUCGAUUGCCGCUCCGACCACAUCUUCGCCAGCGGCUCCAUCCCCGGCGCGCGCAACGUCUCUAUGGAGCGAGUCGGCAAUUGGGGCAUCGCGCUCGGCCGCGAGCUGAUUCACGAGAUGCUCUCGACGCGCCGCCACCAGCUCAUCAUCGUCGCCACGCCGUACUCCCGUUGCCGCGCGUUUUGCCGCUACCUCCUCCGCGCCGGCCACACCACGCUACCUGCGGCACGCUUCCGCCGGCUGCGCGGCGGCAUCUUCGGCUGGAAGCACAAGGGCGGGCCAGUCACGCAGAUGCUGGCGUACCACGGCGAUGAGCCGUACCCCGCGCCGCCGCCGCCGCCGCUCGACGCGGCGGCGCUGGAGAAGGCGGCGCUGGAGAGCAAGGAGGGCGAGGCCGAGAUCGUCGACUGA